UCGCAGUCUUAUGCCGACUAGCCAGCCAUUCCGGAUUGAGCGCUGCAGCUCCCCCCUUUAGACUCUCGCUACGUCAUGACUGCCGCUACGUCCGGUCCUUUGUUGCGUCCCUUGUUGGCCGCCUGCUUCUCCGCCAGCGUGCACGGCGGCAGCGUUAUUCGCGAGGUAGUGCAGCAGCAAGUUUCGCUCGACAUGGUCAACAAACAGGAGGGCGCGUACGACCCGCAGACUGUAGCUGACCGCCGCUCUCAACAACGGAUUAUCUACGCAUUACGCGAGGCCUUUCCCCAGAUCACCAUAGUGGGCGAAGAGGGCGAACUCGCCCCUCCAGCACCUGAAGAUGCGGUGCAGUGCGACCUGCAAGCUCUCGACAGCGUCACCUUUGACGGCGACGACACUCUGAACUGGGACGACCUCGUAUUGUGGGUGGACCCACUGGACGGCACCAAACGCUUCGCCGAUAAGAUGUACGACGAGGUCUCGGUGCUUAUUGGCAUCACCUACAAGAUGCGUCCCAUCGCGGGCGUCGUGCAUCUUCCCUUCCACGGAAAACACGGCGUCACCUACUGGGGUGGUCCGGGUGUUGGAGUCUUCCGCAGUGAGCAUGAGGAGAAUGAGGCUCAGACGACACACGCCAAGUUCUCUAAACAAUCUCCCAUGUUCCCGCAGCGUCCGCUGGUCUGCACUGUGUCGUCCACCAACUGCGACCAGGUGAACAGCGCGUUACGGUUGCUAGCGCCCUCUAACGUCCUGACGGGCGGUGCGACUGGCACGAUGGUGCUCGGUGUCAUCACCGGCCACAGCGACUCUUUCUUCCGGUUCAAAGCGGCCACUCGCAAGUGGGAUAUCUGUGCUGUUGAGCCUCUGAUCGAGGCACUCGGCGGCAAACUCACCGACACGCAGGGCAACGUGUACGUGUACGACCACAUCGCCAACGCGCCCGACUUCGACAACGAACGCGGCCUGAUCGCGUGUGUGGAACCGGAGGCUCACACGAACGUACUGAACGCCAUGGCCAAGGUCAACCUCACGAGUGCAUUGGACGGUCGAGAGAUGACGCCGCAGUGGUUUCAAGACUGUGUUUUCCCCGGUCGACAAGUGUCGGCGGUGCACGUGGUGCCCGGUUCAAUCCACCAAGGCAAACACUCUGCUGUGGCCAAGUUGGAGGUGCAUUUCGCUGAUAACGACAGCAAGACGACGCUGUUUCUCAAGAAAUCCGCGAGGAACGAGCUGCCGGCGAGAUCGGCGGCACACUGGAAGCGCGACAUCGCCUCAUAUCGCACCGAGGCCACGUUCUACGCCAAUUUCGCGUCGUCGCUACAGUCUCGCGGUGUAUCUCUCGUCCGACCGCUUGCAGUGUUUCAAAGUGAUGCUGCUGGCCACUGUACGGGAAACCUGGUUGCUAGCGAUACAGCGACGUGUUCAGAGCCUGAGAACUUCGUCAUGUUGCUAGAAUGCCUUGGUGCAACAUCUCCCGACUCCUCGCUUGGCAACUACGAGGCUGCGGACUGUCUGGAGCUCGAAGACACUCGUCAGGCAUUGGGUUAUCUUGCUAAUCUACAUGCGUCAGCGUGGGGACAAGAGAAAUUAGUUAACCAGGCUAGUUCCGAGCUCUGGCCGGCGGCGUGCUGGUGGGCGUUCUCGAAGCGAGGCGAGAAGGAGCUCGCACAGGCGUCUGACAUUUGGCCACAGAUGCUCAGCAACUGGGAGAAAGUAUUCGACGCCGAAUCUUCCCUACCGUCGACUAUAGAGCUAGAAUCGCUGGGAGAGCGCAUGAUCGAGCAUGCUGCAUACAUCAGUAGCUGUCUGUCCGUGGAUGCCAACGCUGCGUUGAGUACAGUAGUUCACGGCGACUUCAAGAGCGCCAACCUGUUCUUCGAGACGCAAUCACGAGAGGUCAUCGCGUUCGACUGGCAGUGGAGUGGGGUGGGUCUCGGCGCUAUGGACGUCGCUAACCUGCUUAACACUUCGGUGAGCAUCUCACUGCUUGGUACCGACGAGGGUGAGCUGGAACUGCUGCAGUUCUACUACGACCGUCUACAGGAGAGACUGCAGACGCUCGGCGUCACGUUUAACUACCCGUUUGAAGCUUUUGAGCGGCAUUAUACGUUGGCUACGCUCGAGUACGCGCGUCUACUGAUCUCCAACUUCUGGAAACGAAUGACGCCUCAAAGUUGCGUGGCGAAAGCCAACAACGCCAACUGUGGACUCGGCUACCGAUCCGUCCCACACGUUGUGCGUAUGGUGCGUAAGCUGCACCGAGGCUUGGAGCAGGUUAACUCGGAGCGACUGAUCUCAUAAUUUACUUGUUCUUUUAACUGGAUCUAGAGUUUUCUACUUGUGUACAUGCACGCGUUCAC